AUUAUGAGGUACCUUCUAAGUAACUCCAGCCUGUAUCCUUCGAGGCAUCAUGAGCUGAUGGAAUUUCCAACUCCUAAUCUGGCCCCGUCCUUUCUAUUCGGGCCUUGCUAGGCUGGCGAACAUUUACUACUGGUUCCUUUUCUCAUGCCUGAGCUGACCAAACAGCCAUAGAGCGACCUUUUAUCUGUAAUAAUCCCCGUCGCAAUUAUGUCAUGCAUGAAUAGCCCAAGGAACGAUCUCCGUGAGGAUAUCCAAAUACAUAUCUACCUGGACGGUCCCCUUGAGGCAAAAUUUUGGUGAUGUUGCGCCUUUCUCCACCGCUCCCGCGCUCGGGAGACCGCCAGAGUUAUCAAGGUUAUCAUAUAUAUGACAAUAUCGCACACCAGACUCCUUCAACAUGUACCGUCUUGAACCUCUAUAUCCCUUUAAUUAUUGGUAUCCCUGUUGUUGUUCCUUGACAUAAAUCGACCUCUACUCCUCCCAGACCGCGCGCCCUAACUCGAGUUAACCGUCUCGUUAAUAUCUUCUUCUACUACGGAAGAACGGAGAACGGAUCGAUGAAUAUGAGCUCGUCCUCGUCCCGAAGGCGGAAGGCCGCUAGCACAUCGAACGUGAUGUUCACGAACGCUGUAUAUUUCCCGAAUUUAAAAAUCUACAACGGCGCUACGCCUGGCAUGAUGAACUACAGCUGCGUCAACCACGUGUAUUACGCAUUCGCCAACGUGGCAGCGGACGGGUCCGUGUUUCUAAGCGACGAGUGGGCAGAUACGCAGGCCCCUUGCGACGGCGUUCAAGGAGGUCUUGGAUCGCUCAUGCAUCUCAAGCAGAAGCACCCGCAUCUGCAGGUGACCCUGUCGAUUGGCGGCGGGCCAUCGAACGAGAAUUUCCCCAUAGUCGCCUCGGACACGCUGCUGCGAGAUAACUUUGCGCGAUCUGCACGCGGUUUAGUGGAGGCGUCUGGCUUGGACGGAAUCGACAUUAACUGGCAAUAUCCAAUGGACCCUCAGCAAGGCGCCAACUUCGUCGCGCUUCUAGCUGCCGUGCGAAUCCACCUUCCGGAGGAGCAAUUUUUCGUCACGGCGGGUCUUCCGGCAACCCGCGUGACGCUGCAGAAUAUCGACAUCGCGCAGGCCGCUGCUUACCUCGAUUUCGUCAAUCUUGUGGCAUACGACUUUUGCGGACCGUGGACUCACAGGAGCGGACACCAGGCCCAACUGUAUUCGAUGAACAAGGACGAGGCUUCCGGUUCGUCUGGCGUGUCGUAUCUCGUGGGCCACGGUUGCCCGGCUAGAAAGAUUCUAUUGGGUAUUCCACUCUACGGACGGAGUUUCCUCGGCGUGAGCGGACCGGGACAUAGACAUAAAGGUAAUGGAGGCGAGGACGGCGCGUUCGAAUACCACUCGUUGCCGAGGAAGAAUGCUAAGGAGUCGGUGGACAAGCGGGUAGUGGCUGCGAGCUGCGUUGGAGGCGACGGGGGAUUCGUAACGUACGAUAAUCCGGACACGGUGAAGAUGAAGGCGGCAUAUUGCAAGCAGAAAGGACUUGGCGGCUUGUUCUACUGGAGCGGACCAGCCGAUUCUCGAGAGAAGUCCCGAAGUCUGAUCGCGGCCGGGUUUCGAGCGUUGCAUAGCUCGUGAUCGUACGGAAACAGCAUGUCUACGAACGGAACGGAGUUGAAGUGGUUUUGAUUGCAAAUUUCCUGGCGUUAAUUUGAUAUUGAAUGGGGCUCUUGCAUUUACGAUCGGGUUUUAUAACAUCAUUGCUUGCAUUGCGUUGCAUCACUUCGCAUCACUCAAGAGUUGGAGUUGUCAUUGGAUGAUUAGACAUCUUGAUUUCUUUUUCUACUGUCGUUUAACCUGGGGGCCUUGGGGGGCAUCACAUAUCACCGGGAGAUCAUGAGAACGGCGAGAACAGGCUGAUACCCAAAAUAUUAGGAAAUACUUCUAUUUUGCAUUCGGAAUCAUUAGGUGAAGGUGUAUAGAUAGGGAGAAUUGAAAGGUUGCAUCUGAAUUGUGAUAGUUAAGGGGGUUAAAGAAGCUGUUCCGGAGAGUCGGGGAAUUGGGAUUCAAUGGUUCAAAUGAGAAAGAAUCGAU